UUCGAAACAAGCGUUUUGUAAAUGUUUCAGUUUCACAAAGCAUUGCGUCCUGUAUUAAUUUCUCAAAAAUACUCGGAUUAUAGCAUAAGGAUCCAGAGGAAGCGACUGUGUGUUCCAUUGCUGUAAGGUAAACUAACGUUUCAGUGGUUGCUGUCAUGUAGAUCAAUACAAUAACUGUUUUGACAGCAGACAACGCUUCCUACAUAUUAUAUUUUCGGGGGAAAAACCCUUUAACAAAGUUAAAAUCUAUACCACUGAAUUUUUAAAACAGUCACCAGAAUGAUUUCCCAGGUGACUCCCACUCUGUAUCUGAGUGGAGUGGAGGCCCUAAGUCAGUCUGCACUGGCCAACCGAGGUGUCACUUUGCUUGUGAACGCCUGUGCUGAGUAUCCCUGCCCGGAGUACCAGGGUGUGGACUGCAUCUGUGUACCCGUAGAGGACCGACCCCACGCCCCUCUAGGCCAACACUUUGACAGUGUGGCUGAGCGGAUCCACCAGAACCGCAGUGGAAGCUCGCUGGUGUACUGCUCGGCAGGAAGAAGCAGAUCUCCUUCACUGAUCAUGGCGUAUCUCAUGAGGUAUGAGGGCAUCUCACUUCUUCAGGCUCAUCAGUGGGUUCUGGCAGCUCGGCCCUUCAUCCGACCAAACGCAGGGUUCUGGAGGCAGCUGCUGGAGUAUGAGAGGAAAUUGACCCAUAGAAACAGCAUCAAGAUGGUGGCCACCUCACAGGGUGUCUUACCAGAAGCCAUACAGCCAAUACAGGACUCUUCAUACUGCCUUAAUGUAUAACACAGGACUUUUUGAAGAGGUUUCUAAGAAAAUUAAUGUAUUGUUUUAAAAACUUUAUAAUAUGUACAUUAGGGGUCUCCAACAUUUUUGUGAGCAAGGGCUACCACAAUGGAUAAAACAAUCUGGAGGGCUAUUUGUUUAUAUAGUCUACUCAAAACCUUUUUGUUUUUUGUCACGUUGGAGACCCCUGAUGUACAUAAUAAUCUAAAAUAUUUAGAAUAACACUCACAAAAAGUAUUAAAUAGUACUAGUUAUAGUUUUGGAUAGGGCAUUGGACAUUUUUAUGCUAAUACUAUUGUGAUUUUUUAAAUUAGGUUUAAGGUGAAUUAAUACAUUUUAACACAAGGUCCCUGCUGAAUGUAAUGACAGAAAUGUUAAUGGUUAUAAUGUUAAUAGUCUAUAUUGGUCUCUCUGCUGGUAAUAAUAUGUUGGGUUUUAUUGGUGUGAUGUUAUCUGGCGGAUGGGAACCAUAUGACCACCAUUAAAUCGUUCUGGAAUAAGAACCGAAACACUACAUAAAGUAAUUGUAUAAUGGUUUCAGUGGUAAAACUGAUAGUUCAUAAUGGCAUUUGUACUUUAAUAUUUGUGUUAGUUUUGGGUAAAUGUUAAUUAAAAAAAUCAAUGAUACAUGUAGAUACAGUUAGGAAAAUCCUCUUAUGCAGCUGACACACAAAACUGGUGUGUUUUUACUGCAUUAUUAUGAUGUACCAAAGACAGAUCAUGAAUCUAGUCUUCAGAUUUUUGCAGGGUUGGGCCGGCAAAGCAGUUUAGAAAUGUAUGAAAUAUCGACUAAUUUGAUGCAAUACAAUCCAAGUCCUAUAGAUGUCGCUAGUCUGCAGAUUGUACUUUCAUGAAUAAGUGAAAAAAUUUGUGAGCCAAUGCAGCAACAAAAUAGACGAUAAGCUAAUUGACAGCAAAAUACUUCACCUACAUCAAGCAGAGGGGGUUAUGUAUAAUUUGCUAGGGGAAAACUUCCGAUCUCUCUAAUGAAGCCAAUAUGGAGGCGACUUAAACUGCAAUUAAUCGACAGGCCGCUAGAGGCUGGCUCCAAAAGGGAAUCAAUUUCCAUAGACCUCCAUGUUAAAAACUGCAUCAAGCUAGGCUGCUGUGGUUUCAGUAACCAGCUUCACCCACGUCCCGCCUCAUUACCCAUUUUUGGUUAUCUGCGAUUGAUGCACGGUGAUGCGCUGCCAACUACUGGCUUCGAAAAAGAUCUUCACAAACCUAUGGGUGACACAACGUCCAUAUUUUUUACAGUCUAAUAAGUUUAUUAUAUUAAUAAUGAGUAGCAGUUAACAAGUUGAUAUAGUCGUGUGAACUAGCCUUACAGGAAACAAAACAUGUUUUUGUGUGUUAAUUUGCAAGCUAAAUUAUAAAUGAUCACAGAAUAUAUGUUGGCAGGUUUAGUAAAAAGUGUCCAAGAUUAAGU